CGGUGUCUGCGUGUGACGCCACUGUUCGGCGCUGACUGGAAAGGGACGGGGCACACGUGUGUGGUGGCGCGGCGGGCGGGCACAUGGCGAGUUCUGCGGGCCUGGCGCUGUGCGGGCAGACGCUGGUGGUGUGGGGCGGCAGCCGGUUCCUGGCCACCUCCACUGCGAGCAGUGAUGAAGUUAGCCCCUUCAUCUAUGACUGCACUGCUGCAGAAAAGAUGUCACAAGAAAAUAAAGGGGAGGACGGACCACCCUUGGUCCAGGGGAGUGGCAUGAUUUUGGCGUCCACCUUCUCCAAGUCUGGCAGCUAUUUUGCUUUAACCGAUGACAGUAAGCGUCUGAUUCUUUUCCGUACAAAACCAUGGCAAUGUCUGAGUGUCAGGACUGUGGUGAGGAGGUGUACGGCCCUGACCUUUACAGCCUCCGAGGAGAAGGUCUUGGUGGCUGACAAGUCUGGAGACGUCUACUCCUUUCCGGUGUUGGAGCCACAUGGAGGCGGCCGACUGGAACUUGGGCAUCUUUCCAUGUUGUUGGACGUGGCUGUGAGUCCUGAUGACUGCUUCAUCCUUACUGCUGACCGGGACGAGAAGAUCCGGGUCAGCUGGACCGUGGCGCCCCACAGCAUCGAGUCCUUCUGCCUGGGGCACACAGAGUUUGUGAGCUGCAUCUUUGUGGUUCCCAGUCAUCCUGAGCUGCUCCUGUCCUCCUCUGGGGACUGCACCCUGAGGCUCUGGGAGUAUAGGAGAGGCUGUCAACUGCAGUGCUGUCACCUGGCCAGUCUACGAGAGUCACCGGAGCCCCAGGGCCACCAGAGGUUUGCUGCAUCCAGGAUUGUGUUCUGGUGCCAGGAGAGUUGUGUGGCACUUCUGUGUGACUGCGUCCCUGUGGUCUACAUCUUCCAGCUCGAUGCCCUCAGUCAGCAAUUGGUCUAUAAACAGCAGCUGUCAUUCCAGCACCGCGUGUGGGACGUGGCCUUUGAGGAGACCCAGGGCCUAUGGGUCCUGCAGGACUGCCGGGAAGCCCCCCUGGUGCUCUGUCGGCCCAUGGAUGGCCAGUGGCAGCCUGUUGCUGAAAGUGCCUUGUUAGAGAAAGUCUCUGAUGUUCUUCGUGGAAACUGGGCCAUGAUGGAAGGCUCUGCCGGUACGGACACCAGUUUCAGCAGUCUCUAUAAGGCUACCUUUGACAACAUGACCUCCUACCUGAAGAAGAAAGAGGAGAGACUGCAACAGCAGCUGGAAAGGCGGCGGCGGAGUCCCCCGCCUGGGCCCAAUGGGCAGGCCAAGAAGAUGCGGCCAGGGGAGGCGGCCUUGAGUUGCUGAUCCUGGCGGU